AUGUGGCUGCUGCCACCUCUGGCUACGGAGCACACAGGGCGAAAGUGCCUGGUAUUGGAUCUGGACGAGACGCUCGUCCACAGUUCAUUCAAGAUUAUACCAAAUCCAGAUUUUAUCGUGCCUGUGGAGAUUGACAAUCAGUAUCACAAUGUGUACGUGCUCAAGAGACCUGGUGUCGACGAGUUCAUGCGGAAAAUGGGUGAGGUCUAUGAAAUCGUUGUGUUCACUGCAAGCUUAUCAAAGUAUGCGGAUCCUGUUUUGGACAUGCUGGACAUACACAAGGUCGUAACACAUCGACUUUUCCGUGAAUCUUGUUUCAACCACAAAGGAACCUAUGUCAAGGACUUAUCACAGCUCGGACGCGACCUGUCACAAACACUCAUUCUGGACAAUUCGCCGGCGAGCUACAUAUUCCAUACAGCAAACGCAGUCCCGGUGUCGACGUGGUUCAGCGAUCCGCAUGAUACGGAGUUGACAGACCUGGUUGCAUUUCUGGAGGAUCUGACUGUGGUGGACGACGUAACACUUGUACUUGACAGCACAAUCGAUCCUGGCUUGCCUACCUGA